AUGAAAACCUACACCGGCGAGUCAGUGCCGACCAAAGGCGUCAUCAACGUCACAGUCCAGACCAAAGUCCCCUACGCCAUAAAGCCAAAAGUCGAAGCAGAGCUGAAAUCCUUGGUCAAGAGUGGGGUGCUGGAGCCGAUCAGCCGUAGUGAAUGGGCCACUCUGAUCGUGCCAGUAAUAAAAAAAGAUAACUCGGUGAGAAUCUGCGGAGUUUUCAAAGUCUCCAUAAACCCAGUGCUAGAGGCUGAGCACUAUCCACUUCCUCGCAUCGAGGGUCUGUUCACCGGCUUGGCUGGAGGACAAAAAUUCUGCAAAAUUGACCUCAACCAAGCCUACCUCCAGAUGCAGGUCGAAGAGAAGUCGAGAAAGCUGCUCACGAUAAUCACUCACAAGGGCCUCUACCGAUACUGCAGACUACCCUUUGGAAUAACAUUGGCUCCAGCUCUCUUCCAGCCAGCUGGACGGAUACAAAGAUGGGCCUUGUUAUUGUCUGCCCAUGACUAUGACAUCAAAUACCGCAAGUCUGAGCUGCAUGCAAACGCAGAUGGCCUCUCUAGACUACCCCUGCCUGUGGACCGUGCUGAGCCAUCGCAGGCUGGCAUUUUCUACUUCAGGCAAGUGGAGGAAGCUCCCAUCACUGCUGAACAAGUGAAGAGACACACCUGGAAUGACCCUGUGCUAGCGAUGGAUGCAGUGAUCAACAGAGGAGGUAUGGAUCUCCCCGAGCUAAAGCCCUACCUCACAAGAAGGAAUGAGCUCUCUGUGCAGGCAGGAUGUCUCCUAUGGGGACGCAGAGUGAUUAUCCCACUUGUGCUGCAGAAAAGGCUACUACAACAGCUACAUGAGGGACACUGUGGGAUUGUCUGCAUUAAAGAGCUUGCCAGAAGCUACUUUUGGUGGCCUGGACUCAAUGGGCAGAUUGAAGAGACGGCAAGAACAUCAUGUCAACAAGUUCGCUGCAUGCCAGAGGCACCAUGGCAGCGCAUUCAUGUGGAUUUUGCUGGCCCGUUUGAGGAGAGGAUGUUCCUGGUGGUGGUGGAUGCCCACAGCAAGUGGCCGGAAGUGUCCAUAAUGAGAUCGACCACAGCAGAGAAGACCAUAGAGAAAAUGUUCAGUCGAUUUGGGUUUCCAGAACAACUGGUGAGCGAUAACGGCCACCAGUUCGUCUCACAAGAGUUUAAGAGAUUCCUUGAGGAAAAUGGAGUACAACACAUCCGCUCUGCUCCCUAUCACCCAGCUACCAAUGGAUUAGCUGAGAGAUUUUUGGUUAGCUAAAGUCAAAACCUCAAAAAGACAACAAAUAGUGUUGUGUAG